AGACUUUGAAACAUUUUCCCCUAUAAAUGAACUAUCCUUAUAUAGUAUUUCUGACUGAAUCAGCCAUUCAAAAUUGUGGAGUACUUCAAACUCAUAUAUACAACCAGCUGAUCAGCUUAUCACUAGCUCAAUGGCUAGAGAAAAUUCAUCUUUUAUACCUCUAUUUUUAUUGUUUCUCUCCCUCUUCCUAUGCUUUUUCCCUUACAAUUGCUGUUGUAGCAACAAUAAUGGAGUAGAUCAAAUCAAAGGCAUGUUUGUGUUCGGAAGCUCUCUAGUCGACAACGGCAACAACAAUUUCAUACUAGACAAUUCGGCCAAAGCCAACUACUUUCCAUAUGGUAUUGAUUUUCCUUUUGGACCGACCGGAAGAUUUACAAAUGGAAAGAAUGUCAUUGACCUUUUAUGUGAAAGGCUAAUGCUUCCUUUUAUUCCAAGAUUUGCUGAUCCCUUAACUAGAGGAAGUAAAAUCAUCCAUGGUGUCAAUUUCGCUUCGGCUGCUUCCGGUAUACUAGACAGCACCGGUUUAAUAGCGGGAAAUGUGAUAACUUUGAAUGAACAAAUGAGAAACUUUGAGGAAGUAACAUUGCCAGAAUUAGAAGCUCAGUUGGGUUGCAAAAGUGCCCAAUCACUACCACAAUAUUUGUUUGUGGUUGGAACUGGAGGUAACGAUUACUCAUUCAACUACUUUCUGAACCCCAACGGCAAUACAAGUCUUGAAGCUUUCACUGCCAAUCUGACACUCACUUUAUCCCAAAAGAUCAAGAGGUUGUACAGUUUGGGAGGUAGAACAUUUAUAGUGAUAUCCAUAAAUCCAAUUGGGUGUAGUCCCAUGAUUAAAAUAAACAAACCAACGCAAAGUGGUUGCGUAGAAGAAAUGAACCGAGCAGCACAACUCUUCAACCGCCAAUUGAUGUCAUUUGUGGAUUCAAGCAAACAAGAAAUGCCCUUUUCCACUCUUGUUUUUGUCAACUCUUACCAAAUCCUCAAUGAUAUCCUACAAAAUCCAUCCUCUCAAGGUUUUGAGGAAGCCAGUAGGCCCUGUUGUGAAGUACCUUCAUUGAGUGAAGGUGGAAAUGGAGUGUUAUGCAAAAGAGGAGGGCAAGCAUGUGAAAAUAGGAGGAACCAUGUCUACUUCGAUGGGUUGCAUCCAAGUGAAGCUGUAAAUAUCCAAAUAGCAACAAAGGCUUUCUUGUCUCCUCUCAAAACUGAAGUUUAUCCUAUUAAUAUCAAACAAUUGGCCAAUAUAGUGUAGGAAUUAAUAUGAUUGUGUUAAAGGAUGCUCCUUAUUGUACUUUAAAAUUAUGCAAAGGUUGGAACCAAAUAUUAACUAUGAUUACGAUAUUAUA